AUGGGAGCCAGCAAGCCGGCGACGCCCCGGCACGUCGCGAUCGCGGUCGCGGUGCAGUCCGACAAGCCGGACCUGAGCGAUGCAAAAGUGUGUAUUGUCUCCUCGCGCAAGCAUAAGCACGCCUUUGUCCUGCCCAAAGGGGGUGUAGAAUCGGGCGAAUCGGCACGCGAGGCGGCGCAGCGCGAGCUGUGGGAAGAGGCGGGCGUGCGUGCGCCGCUGCCGGUGCCGGCGUGGGUGCCUGUGUCUGGUGCAGAGCUUUCGCUGCGCGAUACGAAAGCGCACGCCAAGUCGCCGACCGCCGACGCAAACGACGCGGCGUUUGUCCCGUCGACUGUCUACACCGUGCACGAGUUUCAGGUGACGUCCGACGCGGCCGCGGCGCACUGGCUCGAGUCCGACGAGCGCACGCGCGAGUUUGUGCCGUGGCAGGAAGCGCGUGCGCGUGUUGCGUGGCGCCGCGGCAUGGCCGACGCGCUGGACCGCGCCUACUUUGUGCAGCGCACGCAGGGCAUUUAG